GUUUCGAAGCACUGUGAAUUUACUCGAAAUGGUAGGGCAUCCUGAGAGAGUCCACGUACCCAAGACUGAGAAAACCUACUGCAAGAAGUGCAACAAGCACACGGAGCACAAGGUCACGCAGUACAAGGCCGGUAAGGCUUCUCUGAGACCUCAGGGAAAGCGUCGAUACGAUAUGAAGCAGAAGGGUUAUGGAGGUCAGACCAAGCCCAUUUUCCACAAGAAGGCCAAGCAGACCAAGAAGCUGGUCCUUCGUCUGGAGUGCAAGGAGUGCAAGAUGAGAGCUCAGCGCCCUCUGAAGCGAUGCAAGACCCUUGAGAUUGGAGAGAAGAAGAACAAGGAUGCUCAGACCUAUUAAGUAUCGAGUGCUUC